AUGGUACCGAUUGGAGGUCCGGUAGGACACGGUGGACAUCCGAUUCACAUACCAACUCCGAUACAAAAUGCUCCUCCGCCGUCGCAGAGUCAGCAUGCGCCGUCUAGUCAGAACCGGCAGUCACUUUCGGUUAAACCAAACUAUACGCUCAAGUUUACGCUAGCCGGCCACACGAAGGCGGUGUCGGCAGUAAAAUUUAGCCCAAACGGUGAAUGGCUUGCAAGUUCCUCUGCUGAUAAACUGAUCAAAAUAUGGGGUGCAUAUGAUGGCAAGUUUGAGAAAACAAUCUCCGGACACAAGCUAGGGAUUAGUGAUGUGGCGUGGUCAAGCGAUAGUCGUCUGCUGGUGACGGCCAGCGAUGACAAGACGCUGAAAAUCUGGGAACUCAGCUCGGGCAAGUGUCUGAAGACGCUGAAGGGUCACACCAACUACGUGUUCUGUUGCAACUUCAACCCGCAAAGCAAUCUGAUCGUAUCGGGUAGCUUUGACGAGUCGGUGCGCAUCUGGGACGUGCGAACUGGGAAGUGUCUGAAGACGUUACCCGCCCACUCCGAUCCGGUAUCGGCGGUACACUUCAACCGGGACGGUUCACUAAUCGUUUCGUCCAGUUACGAUGGGUUGUGCCGAAUCUGGGACACGGCGAGCGGUCAAUGCUUGAAGACGCUGAUCGACGAUGACAAUCCGCCGGUUUCCUUUGUAAAGUUCUCUCCAAAUGGCAAGUACAUCCUGGCGGCCACACUCGACAACACGCUGAAGCUGUGGGAUUAUUCGAAGGGCAAAUGUCUGAAGACGUACACGGGGCAUCGCAACGAGAAGUACUGCAUCUUUGCCAACUUUUCCGUCACCGGUGGCAAGUGGAUUGUGUCGGGCAGCGAGGACCAUAUGGUGUACAUUUGGAAUCUGCAAAGCAAAGAAAUCGUACAAACGCUGCAGGGCCACACGGAUACGGUACUGUGCACGGCUUGCCACCCGACGGAGAAUAUUAUUGCGUCGGCCGCGCUCGAGAACGAUAAGACGAUAAAACUUUGGAAGAGCGAUACGUAG